UUAGGGCGUUGAUUCGAUUCGAAAUAAGUGCGUGUUAUACUUAUUUUAAGUUUAGUUAAAUUCUCUUAUAAUUAUAUACAAGUACUUGAAGUAGUUAAGGCACUAAAGGCUUAAGCGAUAAAGUAAUUAUAUUUUCCGCGUAGUUUUGAGUAUUAUUAUAAUUAUAUGAAUGGUAUUAUUAAUAUUUACAAUGUUUUUAUGCAUUGAUAAACAGUAACACUCCAACGUAACUGUCAUAAUGCUGAUACAUAAAUGCUUUUGACCACAUCAUGCCUCAAGAACUCCUAGCAGUGCUUGUAUUUCUGGAAAUCUCCCUAUUCUGUGCAUUUGGAAAACCUUUACAGUUUGCCUCCAUUACUGUGACUGAUACAACUCCACUGGACUUGAAGUUAAUUCUCUCAGCAGUGGUAGCUGGAGCAGUAUUGGUGGCAUUUAUUGGAAUGCUGGUUGGCUGUGUGUGCUGUCCUCCUCAUAGUUUAAAGAACCCAGGAGUUUUCAAUGUGCAUGUCCUUUCUUCCUUUGGACAUCAAAAUGGUACAACUAGGCAAAAUAUUAACACUGGUACCUAUAAUAGACAUGUUGAAACAUGCAUCAGGGAUACAGAGUUUACAAUUUUUCCACCACCUAAUCCAGCUACAAACCAACCUGUUGGACUGCCGUAUGACAAUGAAGUCACAUUUGAACCUCUCCCAGAAAUACAUCCUAGAAGGCAAGACAACAAGACACUGCCUUUAAGUUGUCCGUAUCUACCAGCUCAUUUUACCUAUGCAGUUACAAAAGGAUUUUCUAUUCAUGACUGGUUUGCUGAUCACCACAAAAAUUUUCCUCGUAACCAAUUGCAGUAUCUUCAAGAAGUUGGAUCAGGAUGGUUUGGUCAGGUUGUAGAAGGAGAAGCCCAAAACAUCACUCCUCCUCAAAGGAAAACAAAAGUGGUUGUCAAAAUUCUCCGGGAAGAUGCUUCACCAUCUGAACAUGCAUUAUUUUUGCGUGAAGUUCAACCAUACAGAGACCUAAACCACCCAAACAUCAUAUGCCUCUUGAGCCAAUGUUUGGAGUCUAAUCCUUUUCUUCUCAUAAUGGAACAUUUCACCAUGGAUAUGAAAGAAUACCUUAUUCAGCUUCGUCAUGAUUCAGAGAAAUUGCUAAAGGAAGGACAACUGAUGAGCAUGAUGUGUGAUGUUGCGACAGCUGUACAGUACAUGCAUGAACAUGAGUUUAUCAGCAGCGACCUAGCUGCUCGAAACUGUGUUGUCACCUCAAACAUAACUGUGAAGAUAGGAGACUAUGGAACGUCCAUUCAGAAAUAUAAGGAUGACUACUAUCACCUUGGCAGUAUUGCUGUUCCUAUUCGUUGGUGUGCACCAGAAUGUCUGUUGUGUACAGAAACAACAAUAGAGACCAGAGAGCUUACAAAAGAAGCAAAUGUGUGGUCAUUAGGAGUUUUACUUUGGGAGACCUUAGAAUUUGGAAAACAACCAUACAUAGAGUUGACAGAUGAAGAAGUUCUACAGCAAGUUAUUACUGAACAAACAGUGAAAUUAGAGAAACCUAAGACUCCUUGUGCUCAUUCUAAAAGACUGUAUGAAAUAAUGAAAAUCUGCUGGGAGAUAGUUCACAAACGUCCAGUAAUUCAAAAAGUGGCAGAACUUUUGAGACACCUGUAUGAAAACAGGAAUUUACCAUCUGAUUCAGCAGAAUUUGAAAUUCGUUGGAAUACUUUGCAACCCAUCCCAAGGAAUCAUAACAUUUCAUCCACUGAUUCAUCUAAGGUCUGUAUGCAAUUUGAAAAUGAUUUCAUCAUGAAUCAAAAACAAGACUUUAUGAAAGAUGGGGAAAGUUCAUUUUCUUUUUCGGAAGUAGAACAUUCAUCCCAAGAAAUAUCACCUUCUCGGGGUUCUCUCUCUACAGGGUAUGAAGUAGGUUUUGAACCACAUACAUACAUUUCUCCGAGCCUACAAAACCUUAGAGGAAGUAUAGAAGACUUGAGCACAUUCGAAGAAAGACCGUUCCAGAGUUCUGAAAAUUUAGGUCAUUUGCAUGCAAAAACUAAACAGCUGGGGUCACCUGAAAAAAGUUCAGAACAUGCUAUUACUGCCCAGCAAAUAUCUGAUGCAAUCAGAGACCUAGACAGUAUGCUUGCAAAUAAGGCCUCUUUGUCGGGAGAAACUUCUAACAAGAUGUUUCCUGACAAAAAUCAGCAAAAAGAUGCAGGGUUGAUAGAAAAUAAGGUGCCAGACAGUUUAGUACUUGCAGAUAAAGAUUCUCCCUUUAGUAGCCUUGAUUAUGAGAAAGAUAGCUCUAGCUCAAAACUUAAUAAUUUAUUGUUGGAAAGCCCAAAAGCAAUGGCAGAUCUUUUUAAACUUACUGUUAUUGACAGUGAAACCAGCAGUGAUUCAGACAGUAUGCCUCAUCAAUUUCUUCAAGAAAACAAUUCUGCAUUGACAAUCAAUGAUGUGAAGACCCAGAGUAAUUUAUAUAAUGAAUUUGAAGCUGUAAAUAAGCUAGAUAGUACAAGUGAAGUGAAAUCAAGUAAAGAUUUGAUUACAGUACCUGUUAAAGAACAAGAACAUGAAGAAAAUGUCCAAAUAUUGCCCUCAACAAGUCACAUUUUAUCAGAAUUAGAUCAACAGCCUAAUUCUUUAAUUUAUGUAGAGGGUUACCAACCAGAAUCUGUUUCAAGUAGUCAAUGUCUGGAAAUCGGUAGUAAACAUGAGGAAACAUCAAACACAUCUAACAAACAUAAUAUAUUUAAAGAUAAUUCAGCAUUUGUGCCAAGUGGAGAUAGUGAAAAAAAUGAAAACACAAAAGAAAAGAAACAUUCAGCAUCACCAAACAUAGAGAAUAAAAAUGUAGACACUGAAAGUGGCAAUUGUGAUGACAGUGCAGAAGGUUUGCCUUUAGAAGUUGAGGCUGUUUAUAUUGAGCAUCACUGACUUGAAAAAGUAGCCAAAUGAAACUGACUGUGUUCCAGCAAAUUGUACAGUCCAGAAAAAAAGAGACUAAAAUGGGAAAAGUGCUAUUAUCUUGUAAUUCUUCAAGAAAAUUAUCAUUUAAAGGUUAUCUUAAUACUGCAAUUCAAGAAAAUAUUGCAAUACUGUAUACAUACAUAAUUUUAUUUUUCUGUUAAAAUGUGUGUAACAUCUCAAUUGGUGUUGAUUCCUUGAGUGCAAAUAGUGUAAGCAAAAUAAGUGUGUGUUUAUGUGUGUUUGAUAUAUUAGUGCAAAUGAUGAGUAUAUGUAUGCAGUGACAGCCAUUUGAAGAUAGUUGUAUUAAAAACAAAAACCCUUUUCUUAUGAACCAGUGAUAUUGCCUACUAGGCAAUUUUAUCUCCAACUAAGCUUAAAUAAUCAAAAACCCAUAGUAGUUAAAUAUGAAAAUAAUGUGUGUAUUCUCUUGUUAAAACAACAUGGUAAAAUUUACUUUAAGUGUUAAAGAAUAUCUAUUAGGCCAGUGGCUUUCAUUUUUUGUUUGUGGACCACCUGAUAUCUUUUUUCUUAUCUCAGCAGACCACAACAACAGGAUCUAUAGACUAUGCUGCCAAUCCUUUCUGUAAUUAUGCAAUCUUUCCAUGGACCACAGAUUGGGUACCACUAUAUUAGACUAUUGAUUUUCAUGGUCAGAAGUAAAUAUGAGUAAUUAGAUUUUCUCCUUUAAAUUAAAGACAUGAAAGUUAUAGCAAAAUAUUAUCUACUUAAAAGAGAUGAGAAAGUCCUUCAUGGCUGUUCCUGUGAAGAGCCACAACACUGCAUAAUGGAACUAAUGUACAUUUAAUAUGAAGGAAACUGAACAACAAAAUUUGUACAAAAUAAUUCCUUGUGAACCAACCACCACAAAGAAUUAAUAAUCGUGAGUUGGAUGAAUUAUAAAUGCCCAAAAUUAUCAGUGAAAUAAAUUGGCUGAAUGUUCUUCUAGGAGUAAAAAUUAAGAUCAGAUACUGUUCGUGCUGUGAUUUUUAAAGAGCUUGAGAUUUGAGACUAAACCGACUACAUUGGACACAUCACACUUCAGAAUAGCAUAAGCAUGUUGCAUUUACACUUGACCUAACUGCCUUGUAGAUUUUUUGUAUGCUAUGACUUGAUGUGCUCUCUGUCUGUUAUAUCACUUUCUUUGAUUCUGCAAGAACUUAAUUACAGUAUUUGUUGUGCAGUGCUAGCCCAUAGGCCAAUAUUUUUGUAACCAUUUUUAUUAUGUUCAGAAAGAAUUUAGAAAAAAACGUAAAAUAUGUUAAGAAGUUACUUUGAUUCAUAACAGUAAUUUUAUAUAUAUAUAUAUUUGCUGCAGCACAGAUAUGGCAAUUAAUAUUAGAUUAAGACUUCUGUAAUGUAACAAUUUGUUUGGUUCCCUGAAAUUUAUUAUAUUAAGAGUCCAGAGCUCAGUAAAGAACUAAUAACUGAUGCUUCUUCAACAAGGCAGUGAGCAGAUUGUGCAAUUAUUUCAUGAGCCACGUCACAUACAAACCUCUGGUAUCAUAUCUUAUACAACAGAGCUUCUCCACUGAUUUUGUCCCAUUUUUCCAAAUGUAAACAGUGGCCAGUGAAAAUUGAAGUGAUGUUACAUCAUCUAUAACUUGUACUGUACACAGAUAGGAUUUUCUUAAAAAGUACAGAAAGUUAAAUUGAGAAAACUAUCUAUAAUUAUAAAGAAACAACUACUGGCAUUUUGAAUGAGGAUAAAGUUGUAAACAAAAGUUUUUAAAAACAAAAGAAUACCAGAAAUGUAAUUUUGUACUGUUGAAAAUGAUUUUAACUACUUUAUAAAGGAUAGUAGGUCAGUCGUUUAAUGCUCUAAUGAAUGCAGUUUGGCUCGAGGGCAAAAUUACACCAUUGAAUUAAAAAAUUAUAAAAAAUAAACUUCUAAUAAUUUCUCCAUAUAAAAAAACACUUAAGAGUUGAAAUAUACUCAAAAAGUUUUUGAUUUUAUGUAUACAAAAAUCUUUAAUUGCAAAUUGUUUUUAGAGUUGAUUUCACCAAGCUCCCAACAAAAUCAUUAGUGUUUGAGAAUUUACUGGAUAUUUUCUGAGCAUAAUGUGGCACUUGUAAUUUCAAAGGAAGAAAGUUCUAAUAGGUUUGAACAAAAUUGUAUUAAUUUGUCCUUGUAACUUGAAUACAAGUACAGUUUAUACAUUUUUAGCCAACCACUAUUUCUUGACCUUGGUUCUUGUGGUGUGGUGUAAUUUUCUAUAUCUCAGUAAACAAGAAUUCAUAGGCUACUGAUGUUAGCUUAUCAGGAAAGCUCUCUUUCCAUUCUUUUCGACUAUAAUACCAAUAAUGUUUCCAGUUAUGUGGCAACAUCUGUAGGUGUUGGGAAAAAUCGAUAGAAGCUUAUUGUGGUGAUAUUUUGCUAGAAAAAAGGUGACUGUGAACAACUUUCACUACCAUUACAGAGCUGAUUUAUUUUUAGAACUCGAGAAAAGUUUGCCUUAUUAUUUUAUAUUUCAUUUAAAGUGUGAUAGGAAAAAAUGUUUUUGUGAAACAAAAUGAGAUAGGCUUAGUUAAAUCAUUUUGUACUUGGCUAUAUCUAGUUUGGUUUUGCUGACACAGCAGCUGUGUUAGGACUGAUUUGCAUUAGGGCGUACAGUCUUAAGGAACUGCUUCAAUGGCAGAGAAAAUCACUGAAAAAAAAAAUCUAAAACAAACAAAUGAAUAUAAAGUGGGUUUAAAACUUAUCACAUAUUAAAUGAAA